CGGAACGAUAUGUCAGCAAUGGAGCAGCUCUGCAAACUUUUCGUUGGUGGCCUGAACGUCCAAACAACUAACGAUGGGCUUCGCGCUCAUUUUGAACAGUACGGUAAACUAACGGACUGCGUGGUAGUUCAAAACGAUCAACUUCAGCGGUCUCGUUGUUUCGGCUUCGUAACGUACUCCAGCGCAGAGGAGGCUGAUGCAGCAAUGGCCGCCAGGCCACAUGUGGUAGACGGUAAAACCGUGGAGCUGAAGAGAGCCGUGGCUCGGGAAGAUGCCGGGAAGCCCGAAGCUCUCGCCAAAGUCAAGAAGAUAUUCGUCGGGGGCCUAAAAGAGGACAUCGAGGAGAACACCCUCACCGAGUAUUUCUCGCAGUUCGGCAUGAUCGAGAAAUCCGAAGUCAUCACCGACAAAGACACCGGCAAGAAGCGCGGUUUCGGCUUUGUCCACUUCGAAGAUAACGACUCGGCCGACAAAGCCGUCGUGCUCAAGUUCCACAUGAUCAACGGGCACAAAGUGGAGGUCAAGAAAGCGCUCACGAAACAAGAGAUCCAGGCCGCCGGCGGAGCUAGGGGCGGCAGGGGGAGAGGAGGAGGAAGAGGUAUGGGGCGGAAUCAAAAUGGCUUCGGCGGCGGGAGAGGAGGCUACGGCGGCUACGGGGGUGGCUAUGGCGGAGGCUACGGCGGCAGUGAUGGCGGCUACAGCGGCGGCUAUGGAAGUGGGGGUUACGGAGGAGGCUACGGGGGUGGGUACGGAGGCGGCUACGGCGAACAGAUGGGAGGCUAUGGCGGUGGUAACGGUUACAGUGACUUUGGCAGCGGAUACGGCCAGCAGUCCUCCGGCUACGGGCCCAUGAAGGGUGGAAAUACGUACGCCGGCAGAAGCGGAGCCCCUUACCCCCGUGGCGGCGGGCCUGGUUACGGCAGGGGUGGCUACGGAGGCUACUAAAAAGCGCGUUGGGAAAAGACUCGGAAAGCUGCCCCCCCCCAGGUGUUCUCUCGGUUUCCACAUUGGGCUCAUUCACCCGGCCAUGCAAGAGAUGGCGGACACUGUGAAAGCAUACCUUAAAGACCUCAAUUCUUAACAGGGAACCUGUUCAGUACCUGGGUUCGAUUGUGAUAGGACUGAAAUAUCUCAUUAGGAUAUCAUCCUGCGAUCUAGGUGACCUUGGAUGCCGGACUCUGCCCACAUCAACUGUGGCCAUGGAGUUUGGUUACCAACAUCCACAGAGUAGUUUUAAUAGUGGACUGGUGAAAUGAUGACAACAUGGAGAUUUUUAUUUAUUGUAUUUUUUUAACUUUUUAUAAAUCUGUAUACAUUUGUAAUAAAAAAGUGAAACUA